AUGAUUUUAACAUGUCGGCUCCAUAUGACCCUAGUGUCAAAGCCGGCUUCGAACCCGGAAGCAAUAGUGAAACAAAAGAGAGUGAAACCUGCUUUUACCUUCACAGAUGAAGAGAGGGACAGAUCUGAUUUUGACUUCUCGUAG